CGAUUUCAGUUGGGAGGCAAGAAAAUUGGGAUUGUGGGAUUGGGCAGCAUUGGCAUAGAAGUCGCAAGGAGACUCGAGGCAUUUGGCUGUAUAAUAUCGUACAACUCACGGGAGAAGAAAUCAUUUGUUCCAUACCCAUUUUAUGCAGACAUCCGUGAACUUGCAGCUAUAUCUGAUGUCCUUGUCCUGUGCUGUGCUUUAACCAAGCAAACUCGUCAUCUCAUCAACAGGGAGGUUCUGCUGGCGCUCGGAAAGGAAGGAUUAAUUGUGAAUAUUGCUCGUGGGGCUAUAAUUGAUGAGAAGGAGCUGGUGCAGUGUUUGCAGCAAGGACUAAUAGCUGGUGCUGGGUUGGAUGUGUUUGAAAUUGAGCCUCAUGUUCCUCAAGUGCUUUUAACGCUAGAGAACGUUGUAUUGUCACCUCACUGUGCUGCCUUCACCGAGGAAUCUUUUGGGGAUUUAUAUGAACUCAUGUCUGAUAAUUUGGAAGCUUUUUUUUCAAAUAAGCCCUUGCUUUCUCCGGUUUUAGACUAUCAAUCAUAAUCCCCCUCUUACAUAUAUUGCUAUAUUUUCAAGUUUACUCAUGAAGUAAAUUGACUGUGUGCUUAUUAUGUAUUAUCAGAUUUGCCAUUUAGUGACAGACUAUAUAUUUGCUAUUUUUAUUA